UCCUCUUCAAACGUUUCCAUAAUGUCAACUCCUGAUUCCAGUUCCAGGAUAAGAUAUCAUAAGCGUACCCCUACCGGCCUAACGAAGAGUGAACAAGCAAGUUGGGAUCCAAAAAUUUUAUCUUUAUGGGAAAAGUGUGGUGUCGAUGAUAGCGGUGACAAAGAAAGCUUUCAAAAAACUUUCGUUCGUCACGUGACCACAACGCUCGCCAGAUCCGUCUAUAAUAUCGAUAAUUUUAGUGCAUAUCAAGCUACCGCUCACACUGUUCGUGAUCGAUUAAUUAAACGAUGGAAUGAUACCCAGCAGAAUCACACCGAAGCUGACCCAAAGCGCGUUUAUUAUCUGUCUUUGGAAUUCUUAUUGGGUAGAUCAUUGGAUAAUGCCCUUCUUAAUUUGGGGUUAAAGGAAAAUUUUGGGGAGGGUGUCAAGGAUUUGGGUUUCAGAAUGGAGGAUGUACUUGAUGAAGAAGUUGAUGCUGCUCUUGGUAACGGAGGUCUCGGUCGUCUUGCCGCUUGUUAUAUGGAUUCUUUAGCUACAUUAGAUUAUCCAGCUUGGGGAUACGGCCUUAGAUAUACUUAUGGUAUCUUUGAACAAAGAUUAAAGGAUGGUUAUCAAGUAGAACACCCUGAUUAUUGGCUAAAUUUCGAUAAUCCUUGGGAGCUACCACGCCUUGAUGUCGUUGUUGAUAUUCAAUUUGGUGGAUCAGUCAGUAAAUAUACUGAUAAAAAGGGUCGAAAACGAUAUCAUUGGGAAAGCAAUGACGUUGUAAAAGCUGUUGCUUAUGACGUUCCCAUUCCUGGUCAUAGUAAACCAAAACGUCGGUUUGAUCUUGGCCGAUUUAACGAAGGUCAAUAUGAACAGGCUGUUCAAGAGCAAAUGCAGGCAGAAAAUAUCACUGCUGUUUUAUACCCAAAUGACAAUCAUAUGGUCGGUAAAGAAUUGCGUCUCAGACAACAAUACUUUUGGGUCGCUGCUAAUACACAUCCAACUCUUGCUAUUGUCGAAUUACAAAGGAUUUUAGUUGAUCUCGAGGACGUUAGCUGGGAUGACGCUUGGGACAUCGUUACCCGUACGUUUGCGUUCACAAAUCACACUGUCCUUCCUGAAGCCAUGGAAAAGUGGCCUGUACCAAUGGUCUCUUAUUUAUUACCAAGACAUAUGCAAAUUAUUUUCGAUGUCAAUUUGUUCUUCUUGCAAAAGGUUGAAAAACUUUAUCCUGAUGAUAGGGAUCUUCUAGCCAAAUUAUCUAUAAUCGAAGAAGCGACGCCACAAUUCGUAAG